GCGCGUGGCGGCGGGUGAGGAGCGGCGGUGGCGGCGGCACCGGUACCAGCGGCACCGGUACCAGCGGCACCGGUACCAGCGGCACCGGUACCAGCACCGCCAGGACCAGCACCAGUACCACCAUGAUGUGGUUCGGCGGCUCCAUCCCGGCCGCCAUCGCCGCCGCCAAGCAGCAGAGCUCCGUCUUCAUCGUCUUCGUGUCAGGUGAGGAUGAACAAUCUACUGAGAUGGCUGCAAGGUGGGAAGAUGAGAAGGUGACUGAAGCUGCCUCAGAUGGUUUUGUUGCUAUUAAAAUCGACACCAAAAGUGAAGCAUGCCUGCAGUUUUCACAAAUUUAUCCUGUAGUGUGCGUUCCAUCCAGUUUUUUUAUAGGAGACAAUGGAAUUCCUUUGGAAGUCAUUGCUGGCAGUGUUUCUGUUGAAGAGCUUGUUACCAGAAUCCAUAAGGUUAAACAGAUGCACACAGUCCAAGGGCAGCCUUUGGAAAAUGGCAGUCAGUCAUCUGCUCCCUGUCCCUCCUCUCAGUCUGAUGGUGCUUCAGAAAACACACAACCCAGAGCAGCAGAGUUUUGUGACUCUCCUGGGUCUGUUACAUCUGAGACAAUAAGACUUCCUGCUGAUGGAGAACAUUCAGGUCAAGCAAGCCAGGAAGCAAGUAAUUCUUCAGAUAAGCAAGUGAGUGAUGCUCAGCCUGGGAAUGAUCUCACACUUAAAGUGGAAAGACUAACAAAAAAGCUUGAAGAAAGACGAGAAGAGAAAAGGAAAGAAGAAGAACAGAGAGAAAUUAAGAAAGAAAUUGAACGGAGAAAAACUGGUAAAGAAAUGCUGGAGUACAAAAGACGACAGGAAGAAGAGCAGACGAAACGCUUGUUAGAGGAAAGGAACAGAGAAAAGGCAGAAGAGAAAGCUGCAAGGGAGCGUAUCAGACAACAGAUUGCAAUGGAUCGUGCUGAGAGAGCAGCUCGCUUUGCAAAAUCUAAGGAAGAAGCAGAAGCUGCAAAAGCUGCAGCUCUUCAGGCCAAACAGGCUGAAAUAGAGGCCAGAAAAGAAGCAUCUCAAAGGGAGAGAAGUGCAAUAGCCAGGAUUCAGUUCCGCCUCCCAGAUGGAUCUUCCUUUACUAACCAGUUCCCAUCUGAAGCACGGCUGGAAGAAGCCAGGCAGUUUGCUGCACAGACGGUUGGUAAUACUUACGGCAAUUUUUCCCUGGCAACAAUGUUUCCCAGAAGGGAGUUUACCAAAGAAGAUUACGGAAAGAAAUUAUUGGAGCUGGAGUUAGCACCCAGUGCCUCAGUGGUGUUGCUGCCGGCAGGAAGACCUGCUACUUCUGUUGUUCAGGCUUCAGGCAGUGAUCUAUGGAAGUUCUUGGGCACGAUACUGUAUCCCCUCUUAGCGGUUUGGAGAUUCAUUAGCAACUUUCUGUUUACCAGUCCACCCCCCUCACAGUCUGCUGCCAGAUCAGCUCAUCAGCAGGAACAUUCACACCCUUCAACAUCCAGCAGCAUCGAGCAGAGCAGGCAAGCAGUCAGGAAACGAGUAGUGGAAAAGCGGGGGGAAGACUUCAAAAAAGAAGGAAAGAUUUAUAGACUGAGGACUCAAGAUGAUGGAGAAGAUGAAAACAACACUUGGAAUGGAAAUUCUACACAACAAAUGUAGUUUUGAGUAACUGCAAUAAUCAGUCUCUGGCUUUUUUUUUUUUUUUUUUUUUCUUUCUUUCUUACUUGAUCUAAGUGUACUAAAGCUUCUGGACAAGUGGGGCUUAUUUUACACUGACUGAUUUAAUUUCUUAUUCCUGGAGUAUGGAAUAAAAGUCACAUAAAUCAGAGGAAAUUGAACGAGUGUAGUUAAGGCCUAGAAGCAAAGAGUUAACAAGACUGAAAAUCUCCAUCAGCUAUCAUAAUCAUUACCCUACUGCCAUAGAAAGGCACUUUUUAAUCUAUAAAUAUUCUGCUACAUAAAUUAAAGGCCAGAUAUUAAUAUAAAGGUCAUGGUAGGCAAUGACUGAUUAUAAUGAGGGUGUCAGAAGCACGACAAAUAGCAAAUCAGGUAAUUAAUUUAUGUUUAACUUUUUUCUUGCUUCUGCAACUGCAAGCAAAACCUUGUAGUUUUUAAUUCCCCAAGCACUCAAUAAAGUAUUUUCCAGAAAA